AACUCAGCAACGGUCAGGAAACUGCUUGUCUUACUGAGAGGAAGAGUAUAGAGACUGAUGCCCUGGGACCUUCUGCAGUUUGUUGAACAAAGAAGGGAACACACAAGGAAUCACUUCUCAUCUUUUAGUAGUGACGGUCGGCCAGUGUGGACAAUGGCGAAUGUGAACACAGAGCUGGCGUGUUUAGGCCGUCCAUUCCAGUUGGGGAUGUUGUAUGACUGUCGCUCAGACUCUCUGAUCCCAGCUGUCACACUGUGGGACUUGGAAACAUUGAAAAACAACCUGGAUGUGCGACCUCAACCGAACACUGAGUUUAAUAUCAUUGCCUCAGAUGACAUUGAGGACAAAGCUAAUUCCCUGAAUGUCACAGCAGCAUUGAAGGGAAGCUUUCUGGGUGGAUUGGUCCAGGUGGAAGGUUCUGCAAAGUUCAUGAAUGACAGAAAGAAAUCUGAGCAUCAGGCCCGAGUGACCCUCCAGUAUUCCACCACAACAACAUUUGAGCAGUUGACAAUGACCCACUUGGGGCGCCAGAAUGUGUCUUACCCCUACGUGUUUGAUCAGGGCACAGCAACGCACGUGGUCACAGCAGUGCUGUACGGCGCUCAGGCAUUCUUUCUGUUUGAUCGAGAAGUCUCUUCCUCAGAAAGUCUGCAAGAUAUUCAGGGUUCAAUGGAAGUGUCUAUUAACAUCAUACCGAAGGUUGCAAUCGAGGGUGACGCCUCAUUGAAAAUGAAGGAGGAAGAGAAAGAAAAUACCCAGAAGUUCAGCUGUACCUUUUAUGGUGAUUUUUCGCAUCCAAACAUUCCCACUACAUUUGAAGAUGCUAUGAAGGUUUACUCAACUCUGCCACAGCUGUUGGGACAGGAUGGAAAGCAAGCGAUACCUGUCAAAGUCUGGCUCUAUCCACUCAAUCAACUUGACUCAAAAGCAGCUCAGCUUGUAAGGGACAUCAGUACAAAUCUGGUCAACCGGGCCCAGGCUGUUCUGGACCAAGUCAAUGAGGUUGAGACAAAAUGCAAUGAUAUGAUGAAAGACCAAGUCAGUGAUCAAUGUCCAGAGAUGAAAGAAAAGAUCCAGAGGUUCAGAGCCAUGUGUGUGGAUGUUGCCAUCUAUAUGGGAGGUGGGGAGGAGGAAGGGAAACUGGUGGAUAUUCUGAAGAACAUGGAACAAUCCCCAUUCAGAAGCCAAUCACUCACACAAUGGCUGGACAACAAGAACAGGGAAAUGUCUGUGGUCAGAAGUUACCUCAGCCAAAUGAAUGCCAUAAAAAUGGUAAAAUCACGCAGUGAACUGGAUAUGGAGAUACUGGACAUGAACAUAGAGUAUGUGAUCUGCUUCAUGUUCACAUCGCUGCACCAGGAAGAUUUGUAUUUGUUAGAAAUGGCCAAGCAUCUUCGAAGUGAAACCACUGAGAACACCCAGCUUCCAACAUCAGAUCAGAAGCAAUGGAUCCACUCAGUGACCGUAUCCCGUGAGAUGAGAAAGCGAGCACGAUUAUUCCUGAGAUUUCACAAAGCCAACAAAGCGGACAAAAAUACAAAAUUCAUUGUUGCUUCUGAGCCGGACGAGGAGCAUGUGGGAGCUUCCAUUUACCUGUAUGAAGGAGGAGAUUUGGUGAACCGCUGCUUCAAGCCUCCAGCACAACCCCAGGCUCCCUCUGUUUGUGGAAAGACCCAUGACAGUGUGAAGCUACGGCUACAGGCACUGGAAACUGGCAGUGGCGAGUCCAUCCAGUUCUGGGUGGAAUAUCGCAGCUCCCAGGGGGAAGAAUGGACAACUUCAAACACAGAAGUGGAAUCAGACUUCUGCACCAUAACUGGUUUAUCUCCAUACCAGGAGUAUGAUUUCCAAUACAGAGCAGCGUGCAGUCCACCUAGUGAUACUGUGAGUGUGAUGACACUGCCCACAAGUGCCCCAGAGAAGGUUUCAAUGUGCCAGGUAGAGGGCUUUGAUGUGGACGUCUCCUGGGACAGGCCUGCCCAGAUUGGACAUGGCGUCACUAUAGAUCAAUACAAGUUAGAGUAUAGAGAAACUAUCAGCGGCAUCUCCAGUCCUGAGACCAACACAUGGGAAAAGAUCAAGACAAAAGACAAUGAAGUUCUUUACAUGUUGAAGGGGCUGAAACCCAGCACAACCUACACACUGAGGGUGUCUGCGGUGUGUGGACAGGUGGAGAGUGCACCCAGUCACCUCGCCUCAAUAACAACAGACAAAGAACCAAAGUCACGGGCCCGAAAGCCUCUCACAGGAAGCACAUUAUUAACCAGUAGCCACGCUAUUUACAAGCUCCCAUUACAUACACAGAGACUUGGCAAGAAUGGAGAGCUUAUAAAAUACAGCUUUGGAACCCACUCACCCACACAAAGUGAGAAGACCAUCUUCCUUCUCGGAGAAAGAGAAUUUGGAAAAAGCAGUCUCAUCGAUGACAUGGUGAACUAUAUCCUUGGUGUGGAGCAGGAGGACUUGUUUCGUUACAAACUGACUGAGGAAGAAACAAACCGCUCCCAGGCUGAAACAUCUUCCAUCAUCGUCUAUGAAGUCAACCACCAAGAGGGAUUCAGGGUUCCUUUCUCUCUGACUAUUGUCGACAUCCCCAGAUUUGCAGACGCAUCACAAAAUAAACACAUCCCUGAAUACAUCAGAUGUUACAAACUCUAUCAUCAGAUCAAAGAUCUUUUUUCUUCUCAAGAAGGUGUGAAACAAAUUGAUGCCUUGUGCCUUGUUGUCCAAGCCUAUUUAGUGCAAUUAACUUCUGAUCAGGAAUGCCAAUUUAGUUCAUUUCUUUCUAUGUUUAGUAAAGAUGUGACUGAGAACAUCCAUGUGCUGGUCACCUUCGCAGACAGACAGGUUCCUCCUGUUCUUGAGGCCAUCGCCCAAUCUGACAUACUAUGUCCCAAAGAUGGCAAGAUGCCUCUUCACUUCAGAUUCAACACCUCAGCUGUGUUCACCCACAACGCAGCCUCUGGAGAGCCCACCGAUUGUAGUGACAGUGAUUUGGAGGAUGAUAACUUUCACAGUAUGAAACAACUCUUUGCAGCUCUGAGGAAGAUGGAAACAAAAACUUUGAAGGAGGUUCUUCAGAAAGCUCCAGCCUCUCUGACUCUGGAUCCGAACACAGCCCAUCCCUGCCUCAUCCUGUCUGAGGACCGGACCCGAGUGAGAGUCAGUGACAGGGAUCAGAAUCUUACACUCUUGAUUUUUGAUUAUCAUUUUUUCAGAAACUGGCCCAGGGUCCUGGGGUCUGAGGGGUUCACAUCAGGGAGACAUUACUGGGAGGUGGGGGUGGGGAACAGCACACACUGGAUAUUGGGGGUUGCCCGAGAGUCAGUGCCCAGAAAGGGGGGUUUCACACCUGGACCUGAGGCUGGAGUCUGGGCUGUGGAGCUGUACAAUGGGGAAUAUGAAGCUCUAACCUCACCUCGUACCUCCCUCCCACUGAGGGUGAGCCCCCGGGUGCUGGGCGUGUACCUGGACUAUGCGGAAGGACAGGUGCUGCUGUACGACACCGACCACAUGUCUCAUCUCUUCACUUUCACCCACACGUUCACUGGGAAACUCUUCCCGUACUUCAGCCCUGGCCCUAACGCCGACCUGACACUGAACCCCCGACAGGCGUGAGGGCGGCUAAGCAGAGAGAGGGUACUGGGGGAGUCACCUGUUAUCGAGCAGAGAGAAGGGUGAGGGCGGCCCAUCAAAGAGAGAGUACUGUGGGUGUCACCCCCACAGCACCCAAACUGCUCUGGUGAAGGUCACA